GGACUUCGCGGCUCGGCGAUCAUGAUCGUGAGUUGACACGUCGUUCCCGUCGUCGGUCGCGCCUGCCGCAGCGUUAAAUGCCGCCCGCGCCAGCCGCAGAAUGGACGUCGCGGAGGACGCCGAGGCUGCGCUGGACCCGCGUAUCCAGAUCGAGUUGGAGAAUUUGAACAAUGCAGCAGAUAAUAUUAAUAAGCUGGAGACUGAAUUGGAUGAAGCUCACACUGCUUUUGGGCAGCUUCUCUCGGACACAACGAGGAGGCUGAAAGAAAUUACGGAUAAACAGGGCACUAGCUGCAUUGAGAAGGCAAGAUGUUACUACGAAGCACUGGAGAUGGCUCACCAAGCUCAGGUGCAGUGUCAACAACAGGCGCAGCUGUUUCAAAGAGCCAGCGAGAUUCACGCAGCGGCGAAGGAAACUGUCGCUUUGGCCGAGGCGCGAUUCAUGUCUCAUCAGCAUGAGUGGAAUUUUGACCAGGCAUGGCAGGAUAUGCUCAAUCAUGCGACUAUUAAAGUCAUGGACGCGGAGAAUCAAAAAGCGGAGUGCGGUCGAGAACAUCACAGAAGGGCGAUGCUGUUCCACGAGGCCGAGAAGAAGCUACUGCAACUGGAGGAAAAGCAUCGAAACGCAAUAAUAAAAGCGAGGCCGUACUUCGAGGUGAAGACCCAGUGCGAUCAGAUGCUGGCGACGCAGAAGGAGAGAGUGGAGUACCUGCAGCAAGCUGUUAAGGAAGCCAAACGUAAUUAUGCAACGAGUCUCCGGACGUUGGAAGAGAUUAGCAACCAGAUGCAUCAGCAACGAAGGGAUUAUGAUAUUGUGGCUAAUGGACCGCGAGAGCCUGGGGUUGGUGCGGAACUCAUUAGUUCGGACACACGCCAGAAGUAUAAGAACGAGUUCUGCGAUCCCGAUAAUCGUAAAAUAUCCCCCAUUAGAUAUAACGAAAACGGGAACAACGAAAAAUUGCACGAUAUCAAAAAGCCUUGCUCGACGAGGAGCGACGCGGAGCACCUCGACAAGAGAUCCGUCGACGGCAGCGAGAGCAAGUUCACGCAAUGGGAGCUCGAGCUGCAGACCAGUAUGGAAAAAUUAAAUCGCUUGUCGAUCGAGAAUUCGUUGCGCGUCAAGGAGCGCGGCGCGCAAGGUUCGUCCGACCUGCGGGACGCGGUUGAAGCCGGCACCACGAACGGGACGUGCUACAAUCCUUCCGAAUCACCUAACACGCGUAGUUCAAAUCAAUUUUCAAGAUCGACUGAAAAUCCGGGGACUAUCGACAGAUUUAGCGGCAGAUCGCACCUGCUGAAAUCGUGCUCGACAAUUGACUCGACGACGGCGUUACGCGGCGCGUCGGCGCCCGCUUCGGCGAGCAAUACUUCAAAAUCGCUGAACGGCAGUCCCGUGAACAGAGGUACGUCCGAUUUCGAGACUAGGAUCGCCGGGAGAGCGGGAAGCGCGGAUAUAUCGAGAUACGUGCCAAACAAAAUCCCUCAGUUCAAUAUUAAGGACAGGAGAGCGCAGAGCAGCUGGGACAUCAACGCCCCCAGCAACAGCGCCGACGUGGAUGUCGCGAGUGAGGAGUCUGAAAACGAUAGCUGUAGUAGUGCGAACGAUACCUUAGCCAAUAAGAGCCGCGUACAACUUACGAAUUUACGUAGCGCGCAAGUUUCCAAUGUCGAGUUCCUGCCAGCGUCUCAUCCUGUCGGCCAGCACCCGACGAGCUCGCAGGACGACGUCGCGUCAUCGCAGCCACGUUCCAGCUCGAGUAUUCCGCAAAAGAGCGCGUCAUGCAGUGCCAAUUCCAGUCCGAUAAAACUGAAGAAACUAAUAUCGUCCGCGAGAUCCCUGGACACUGGGAGCGCGGACCGGCUCGACAAGCAGGGCUCCACUAGCAAGAGAUUCGCGAGCAAAACCGCCAGUAUUAAAGAGCUACCGUUACUAUCGCUCUUCGGGCAAACGUCCGCGUUGUCGGCGCUGAGAGGCAAGAGCAGCAGCAUGAUCAAUUUGGGCGGUAAGGCCAACCUGAAGACGCUGCUGGAUAACUCGCAUCUCGGUAACAUACAGGCGAUCAGCGCGGAGAGAUUGGCGAACGUGAGGCACAAGUUGGUCAACGAUUGUCCGGAGGCGAGGACGACGGGCGACGUUAAGAAAUAAUGAAGUACAAGAGAGAAAAUAAAUAUAGAUCGCUUACGAUAAGUGAUUUCUGCGUUUAACACGUGUGUAAGUAUUCGUUAAUGUUCGUUCACAGGAAGCUCGGAAAUCGUGAAUCGUUCGGAGAUGAGAACGUUGCGGCGAGAACGACGUUAACUUUUAACAACAGUCUCGCAUUUCCGAGGGAAAAGAGAGAGAGAGAGAGAGAUACGAAAGACAUUUCUGUAGCUUUGCUGCAAGUUACGCAGCAGCUGGUUAUUGAAUAUAUGCUGCAACGUUAAUUAACGAUAUGUAUUAUAUAAAUCCUCGCGAAUUAAUUAGGUGUUAAUACCUUACUUGUGUAUUAAAGCUAAACGUAAUCACGGUAUUGCGGUCGAAGAAAUGUGAUUAUCGUGGUAUCUUUCCCGCACGGAUUAAUUAAAAUACAAAUACUACGCGCUCGAAGUCCCAAUUAGGCAAUAUAACUGCUGUUAAGAAAAAAAAACCGACCAGGCGAUGUACGCAUCGUAUCGUUUACUAUUUUCUAAUCUUUUAAUAUGUGCUUUUUUAAUAAAACACGUGUUUCUUAACAAGCAA